AGGAACCUGUUUAUCCACUUCCUGGCCAGGCUGAGAUUCCUACUGCAAGGACAGGGACCCAGGCUGGUCAUGGCCUCGGCCCUGAGUCCACCCCGGGGCCCCAAGCUCAAAGGUACCCCACCUUCACACUACUAUGAGAGCUUCCUGGAGAAAAAGGGACCCUGUGACCAGGAUUACAGGAAGUUCUGGGCAGGCCUCCAGGGUUUAGCCAUCUGUUUCUACAACAGCAAUCGGGACUUGCAGCCCCUGGAAAAGCUGGACCUGAGGCUGUUUUCAAAGCUCAAAGAUGAGGCUCUGCUGGGAAGCUCAUGUGACACUGCCUAUCACUUCAGCCUGGUUCUCCGGGACCAGGAGGUGAAAUUCAAGGUGGAGAGCUUGGAGUCUUGUGAGAUGUGGAAAGGGUUUAUCUUGACUGUGGUGGAGCUCCGUGUCCCAUCUAACCUGACCCUGCUGCCCGGACACCUGUACAUGAUGUCCGAGGUCCUGGCCAAAGAGGAGGUACGGAGGGCAGCUGAGGUGCCCUGGUGCUUUCUUCAGGUGAGCAGGCUGGAGGCACAGCUGCUCCUGGAGCGCUACCCGGAGUGCGGGAACCUGCUUCUGCGGCCUGGCGGGGAUGGCAAGGACAGUGUGUCGGUCACCACCCGGCAGAUUCUCAAUGGAUCUCCCGUGGUCAAACACUACAAAGUGAAACGGGCAGGUUCUAAGUAUGUGAUCGACGUAGAAGACCCGUUUUCCUGCCCCUCCCUGGAAGCUGUGGUCAACUAUUUUGUGACGCACACCAAGAGGGCGCUGGUCCCCUUCUUGUUGGAUGAGGACUAUGAGAAGGUUCUAGGUGUGUGCGAUGUGGGACUGCCAGGCUUGGACAGGGAUACUCUCUGGGGGGAGGGGGGGCUAGCUCCGGGCCUCCAGGCUGCCUCCAGGCUGCCCGCCCUCUCUGUUCCAGGCUUCGUGGACUCGGAUCGGGAGAAUGGCGAGAGUGCAUGGACUGUGCCCUCCUCCCGAGGCUCAGGCCCUGCCCUCCCUGCUAAUGUCCCAAAGCCACUCCCACCUGUACCUGUGUCUGUGCCCAGCCAGGAAGACAAGUUGCCUCAACUACCUCCCCUGCCUCAGCUCCCAGACCAGGAUGAGAACUACGUGACUCCCAUUGAAGACUCCCCAGCAGCCGAAUACAUGAACCAGGAUGUGUCUCUCUCCAGUCAGGCAGUCCUCCUGAAGCCCAAGAAGCCGGCAAGGCUCCCAGCAAAACCUCCAAAGCCACAAGUUGUGCCUAAGCCAGAUCUCAAAGCCAUCACCAGCGUGUGGACCAGGAAGCUAGGUGGAAGCUCGCCCCAGUCUCUCUCCCUUGUGACAAAACUUGGGGAUAUCACCGCUGAGCUGGAAGAGAAACUACAGAAGAGGAGGGCACUGGAACACUGAUCCAGGCUCCCAGGGAUCAGUGGGCUAUCUCUGGGUACAAUAGUCUUCCAGCUCUAUCCUCACUCGGGGGUAGGACAUAGCCAGCUUGGUGCAAAAUGUCCUCCCUCAAGUAAAUCAGGGAGACCCCUGGGAAUUUGGGGGUUACCCUGAACUGUAUAGUGAAUUCCACAGUAGCUUGGGCUACAGAGUGAGACCUUGUUUAAUAAAGCUAAACCCAAACCCAAAAU